ACAGGAGGGCUGCUGAAUGCCAUAGCCCACACUGCCAACACUUUCCGGUUGAAUUUCUGUGGUCAAAACAUCAUUGACCACUUUUUCUGUGAUGCUCCACCAUUAGUAAAGAUGUCCUGUACAGACACUCGGGUCUAUGAGAAAGUCCUCCUGGGGGUGGUGGGCUUCACUGUCCUCUCCUGUCUUCUUGUCAUCCUCAUUUCCUAUUUCAACAUCCUCCUGGCUAUCCUGAGAAUCCGCUCAGCCUCAGGCAGGCGCAAGGCUUUCUCCACCUGUGCCUCUCACUUGGUCUCAGUCAUGCUCUUCUAUGGAUCCUUGCUCUUUAUGUAUUCAAGGCCAAGUUCCAGCUACUCCCUGGAGAAGGACAAAAUGGCUGCCUUAUUCUACACUGUGGUCAACCCACUGCUCAACCCUCUCAUCUACAGCGUGAGAAACAAAGAUGUCAAGGAAGCCUUCAAGAAGGCAACACAGACUAUACGACCCCAGGCAUGA